CUAGCCACUCGAGCCCUCUCUCCCGAAGGCUCCUUCGCCCACAGCCCACAUCCCAAUCAUGAGUGCCUUCCUGGUGGCGGAGCCGGCCAUCGUGUGUGUGGGCGAGAUUGCGGCCGCCGCAGCUCCGGCGCUCGCGCGGGCGGCGGGAGAUGAGGCAGCCGCCGGCAGCGCCGCCCGGGACGCGAGCAACUCUCGCUGGAGGAUUGGCGACAGGGCGCGCGAGGUGCUGGAGGCCGAAUUCAAGCGCGAGCGCUUCCCCUCGGCGAGCCAUCGGCUCAAGCUCGCGCAGGCGCUCGACGUGGAGCCGAGGCGGAUCCAAGUCUGGUUUCAGAACCGGCGGCAGCGCAACAAGGGCCCGGAGCCCUCGCGCUCGGCGUCCGCGGGGCCGGCCAGGUCGCAGCAGCGCGGCUCGCACGUCGAACUCGCCCGCCCGAGCUGGUGCCCGCCACCCGAAGGAGUUAGCGGCGGCAGCGGGAGCAGCAGCAGCAUCCGUGGCGGCGGCCUCGAGGCGCUUCACUGCAGCGAGCACGGGGCGGACCUCCAGCUGACGAUGAAGUUGGGGCAGCAAGCCGCCGCCGCGGCUGCCGCCGCCGCCGCCGCCACUGCCGCCGCCGCCGCCGCCGUCCGCGGCAAGCGGGCCCGCGAGGCGUACCCGGUCUGCGCUGAGCGGCAGAUCACCGCCGCCUCGAGCACGGGCGCCGAGCGCGACGGCCGGCCCGCGUCAAUCCUCUCUUCUUCGGAUGACAUCGUCAACGCCCUGAUGAUGGGGUUCGACGCAGCCGCGGAGCCGACACAGGCCCGACCCGCAAGCGGCCGGCACGCCAAGCUCGAGACCUCGGACGAGCUCAUACUCUUGGCAGGGCCGGGCUCGGUGGCAGACACUUCCACCGCGGCCGGCCAGCCUUCCCUCGCCUCCUCCUCCCUCGCCUCCUCCUCCCUCGCCUCCUCCUCCCUCGCCGCCUCCAGCGCGCCUCUGGUCGCCGCCAGCAUCGGGCUGGCGGACCGGAGGGCGGACCCGGGCCUCGCGGCGACGGCAGCGUCGAUCGGAGUCGCCUUCGCCGCCGCCGCCGCCGGCGGAGGCGAGGCUUCGGCCGGAGGGGGUGCCGACGGCGCUGCGGCUUCCGCGAGCGCCGUUUGUGGCGGUGGCGGCGGCGGGCCGGGGUGCGGGGCAGUUGUCGCGCGGGCAGUGGUCAGCGGGGCAGUGGCCGGCAGGGAGGGCGGAGGUGUGGGUGCGGAGGCGUCCGAGGCGGCGGCGGAGGGGAUGUCUGCAGAGUGCGCCUCGCAGAGUGCGAGGAGCGCCGCACUCGCUCUGCUGACCGACUCGAUGGUCACUCCGGAGCAGCGCGCGCACUUCGCCGCAAUGCGCGCCGGAGCCGCCCGGCCGACGGAGCAAGGGGCGGAGCUGCUUCAGCCUGGCCUUCCCCAGCCCGGCUUCUCUCAGCAAGAGGACAUCCAGUCCUGGAAGAACGCAGCGCACGCUGUCAACUCGGCGCAGCCGCCCCGCCCUCCCCUCCCCCCACCCACCUAA